AAAACAGAUUUGUUAUUCGACUAAUUCAGUUUCAGUGCCCAAUGCAGAGGAGUCUGUAAUUUUGCGGAACGUAUUUUUUCACAGAUAUACUUUCCUUAUUGGACAAUUUACCCGUCGUAAAUAUAAUCCUUAACAACUAAAUAGUUUUUUUUGUCAUAUUUAUCACGAGGCGUUUUUUCUUCGCAAUUACUUUAUAUCCAGUCACCGUUGCUUUAUUUGAUCAAAGCUUGUGCUCGAAGGGUUUACUGUUAUUGUUAUUAUUAUUAGCUGUUACGUUUAACCACUGAGAACAUGAAAACUAAAUUUAUUAACGGAGUGUCCUCUUCUCCUUCAAUGUCUUUGGGUUUGCUCGUCAGUGCCAAUGAGAUCCACGCACAGCCAGAUACUCAGGCCCAGUACAAAGAUACUAGAUUAGAGGAACCUGACCUGCAAACUAAGCGCAAGGCGUAUCUCUGGUGCAGAGAAUUUCUGCAUGGUGCGUGGAGAAUUCUGAAUGAAGAGGAGUUCCAGAUCACCAUAAUACGGGGAGGCCUCAGCAACAAGCUUUUCCUUUGCUCUUUGCCAGACACCCUGCAGAGUGUGGACGAUGAACCCAGGAAUGUGCUGCUUCGCUUGUAUGGUGCCAUUCUGCAGAUGUCCUGUAAUAAAGGGGAAUCCAAACAGGCUAACAAAGAAAAUCAUUUUCAAGGAGCUGAAGCCAUGGUUCUGGAGAGUGUCAUGUUUGCUAUCCUGGCGGAGAGGGCACUGGGCCCAAAGCUGUAUGGGAUCUUUCCCCAGGGCCGACUGGAGCAGUUCAUUCCUAGCCGGAGGUUAGAUACAGAUGAGUUGGGCUUACCUGAAUUGUCUGCAGAGAUAGCUGAGAAAAUGGCCAGAUUCCAUGGAAUGAGGAUGCCAUUUAACAAGGAACCAAAGUGGCUGUUUGGGACGAUGGAGAAGUAUUUAAACCAAGUCGUGAGAAUAAGCUUCACCAGAGAAUCUGACAUAAGAACAUUUGCCAGACUGAUAAACUACAAUUUGCCACUGGAAAUGGAAAACCUAAUCACUUUGCUUGAAUCCACACCUUCCCCUGUGGUUUUCUGUCACAAUGACUGCCAGGAAGGUAACAUCUUGCUGUUGCAAGGCAGGGAGAAUUUGGACAAACAGAAGCUCAUGUUCAUCGACUUUGAAUACAGCAGUUACAACUACAGGGGGUUUGAUAUCGGAAACCAUUUCUGUGAAUGGAUGUAUGAUUACACCUAUGACAAGUUUCCAUUCUUCAAAGCCAACUUCAAGAAUUACCCAACCAAAACUCAGCAGCUUCACUUUAUCGCUAGCUACCUGGCUGAGUCUGACAGCAGAUUUGAGAAUUUAAGUAAUGAAGACCAAACCAAGCUACAAGAAGAAAUGCUGGUGGAAGUGAACAGGUUUGCCCUGGCAUCCCAUUUCUUCUGGGGUCUAUGGUCCAUCAUACAAGCCAGAAUCUCCUCCAUCGAGUUUGGAUACAUGGAAUAUGCAUUGGCAAGAUUUGAUGCUUACUUUGAGCAGAAGAGGAGGCUGGGGGUGUGAAUAACAAAAGUGACCAAGAAGUGCAACAGUUACACAGGGGGGUGCAUUUGUUGUGGGGGUGCAGGGUCAAGUAUGAAUGGUUGUGCAAUGGGUACAAAGUCAAGGUUGUGGAAUAUAUCUGUGAGGUUCUUUGGACCAAAGCAACACUGUGAAUGUAACGGAGAGUAAAGUUUACCUAAUGACACUGAGUGUUUACAAACCAAGAACCGGGCUGUAUUGUUUUGGAGGUAUUUUGAUUGGCUUGGGGAAAUGUGAAGGGGGUGCUUGAAAUCUUCUCUGUACUGUACACCGAUAUUUUUUUUUUUUUACUGUGCUGUGUAUUGGUUUGGUAUUUCUUUCUUUUUAAAAUGCUACUUGCUCUUUACUCAUGGUCACUUUUAUGUUAGCCUAGAUACAUUCCACCAGAGAAUAUGUUUUCUGGUCCUAGGUGGUUAGUUUUAGUACAGGUUUUAUUAAUCAUUACAACAAACUGGAACUGGGAUAUGCUCAGUCUUAAUGGCAUCAUAUAACUGCUGUUGCAGCAGACCUAAUGCAGUCUAUUUCAGGUUUGAGAUGUUUUAAUGAGGGGAAAAAAAGAACUUAAUUUUUAUAAACAAAGGUAAAGGCAGUAGUACAAGCAUUACCUGUAGUAGGCAAAAAUCAAAUAUACUUUACAGUAUUGUAACAUAAUAUACAACCAUUUUAAUUGUAGUAGUCAUCUGUUUUUUACGUAUAACAAUCUCUUAACAGGAACAGCUGUUCAGUUGAGAUAGAUGCCAGGGUGGCACUUACUCGUAGAUCAUUUAAAAUGGCUAGGAGGUUGACAUGAAGUAUGUUGCCAUCACCUCCCCUUUUCCUAUUAAUUCCUUUGUCAUAAUAUAAUGUCCAUUUGCUGUAACUUACAGGAGGAUAUAUAAAAUAUAUACAAGUGUGCUGAAAGUUGGACACCUCCAGAUUAUAUUGUGCUGUAGUAUUGUAGCUUGUCUUUAAGGGACCAUACCUUUCAGGGUGGCAGUUUACUGGUUACCUAGAAUUUCUCUUGACCUUUGAAAUUCCAAAUUCUGUUAUCCUGUGAUAAAUAGCCACGGUAUAAUUUGGAUAAGGAAACGUCACAAAGCGUACCAUUCACAGCUUGGAAAGCCUGCCGGGGAAUGACUGGUUCUGAUAAAGUCAGGCUCUGACGGCACAUGAGCUUAAAAAAAAAAAAAAAAAUGACUUGUGAUAUAAUAGCUGUAACUAGAGGACAGAUCGAGUGUACUUGAAUAAAACCGUCUCCACUGCUAAUAUGAGAACCUUGACUCCAUCUCAAGUUUUAUAUGCUCGGAAGACUGUUCUCUCCUUGUACACUUGAACGGCCCUGCAGUUAAAACUUAAGUCCUAACUGUUUAAGUUAUUGCUAUAAAACAUUUUCUGUAGCAGUAAUGGGAAUUCCAGCUGUCAUUGGUGAUCAGUGGACUUUACAUCCUGCCGGUUUGCUUUUAACAGGAUAAUGGGAGGUGAUAGAAUUUAAUUAUUUGAGACAUGCUUUGUUAAAAUAAAACACAGCUAAAAGUUUUUAAAACUUUUAAAAUGUGUUGGCAUGCACUGUAUAUCUAUUAGUAGCCUUUUAUUUGUGUUAUUGCAAAGAAAUUGUAUAAUUAUUAUUUUUUAUUAUUAUGAUUAUUUAAACAGCUUUGUAGGUGUUAUGCUUUGGCAAGUUCAUGGUUGAAGCUUAUUUAAUGUUGCUAAUAACUUUACUGUGGUGUAUAACUAAAUAGUGAGUUAUCUCUUAAUAUUUUUAAACAUACUGUCCUUCAGUGAUUUUAACUUUGAUGUAUUCCUGCAAUGGAAAUAAAUAGUGAUACCUUCAGAAAAUGCAAUAUCUUUUAUCUCUGUUUUCACCAAAUUGCUGGAUUUAUUUUCAAGGAUCAAUAUUCACUUACACCUGGAGAUUUAUUUUGUUAAAUAACCAAGCGUGAAAUCAGUACCCCUGUUCUAUUGCAUUGGAAGAGGUUAACGUGUAGGGUCAUGUACUGUAAGGUAUGAUUUCUUUAAUAUAUCCAGUAAACUAAAAACCUAGAAAUAAUGGGGUAGCAGCUGUUGACACAUGUGUUUUCUUAAUAAGAAAUCUGUUGUAUUUUUGUAAAAUCAUUGUGUCAUAUACAGUUUAUGUAAUUGGAAUGUAUUAAUGCUUUAUAGAUUGCAUUUCAUUAAUAAAGGCUAUUUUAAAAAGUG